AUGGCGAUCAAGCACAACCAGCAGAUUCCUCACAACCAUUUCCGCAAGGAUUGGCAACGACGAGUCCGAGUUCACUUCGACCAGCCUGGCCGCAAACUCAGACGCCGUAAUGCUCGUCUCUCAAAGGCCGCAGCUGUCGCCCCACGACCAGUCGACAAAUUGAGACCAAUUGUCCGAUGCCCAACAAUCAAAUACAACCGCCGUGUACGAGCUGGACGUGGUUUCACCUUGACCGAAUUGAAGGAAGCUGGUAUCCCACGCAAGCUCGCACCAACGAUCGGUAUUUCCGUUGACCCCCGCCGCCAAAACCUCUCCACCGAAUCCCUCUCCGUCAACGUCGAACGUCUAAAGGCAUACCGCGCCCGUCUUAUUCUCUUCCCACGCAAAUUGGGUCAACACAAGAAGGGUGAUGCCACCAAGGAGGAGUUGUCUGGAGCCAAGAACACCAUCACAAGCGUCAAGGCUAGCCUUCCAAUUGUCAACGCUGAGGCCGGAUUCACAGAGAUCAAGAAGGGUGAUGAGCCAUCGCCAGUUGAGGGUGGUGCGUUCAGAAAACUCAGGGAUGCGAGAAGCGAGAAGCGAAACCAAGGAAAGAGGGAGAAGAGAGCAAGAGAGAAGGCUGAUGAGGCUGCCGCUGCUAAGAAAUAA